AUGUCAGGUAUUUCGUCGACUGCAUAUCUCACCGAUGACCGCCAUCCCAUCGACGCAGAGUACGAACCGUUCGAUCAAGGAUCCUCAGCUUACCCUAUGGCACGUUACCGACCGGAAGCAUACCGGGCCUUCUCGGACCGUGUGUACCCUUACCAGGCAUUUUAUCACGCUCCAGCGCGGUUCGCGACACGUCCUGUAGAGUACCUGCACGCCGUUCCACGGCGCUACCAGCAGAAAACACGUUUCGUUCUUCCAUCCAGCGAAGAGUUCGAAGAGCCGCCUUCCCUCGCAACAGCCUCAGCGGCCUCCUCGCUGGAGCAAGCUCAGGAAGCAGACGUGUAUCAGCACGUUACAGACGAAGACGCCCGGCUUGAGCACACCACUACGGAACGGGCUAAAUGGCAGUGCGGAACCCUCAGCUUGUCGUUCCUUCUCCUCUCUCUCGUCUUACUUCUUGUCCUUCUCCUUUUGGGAGUAUCCAAUAUGAUUGUGCGCGGAGAAGGAGAAUAUCAAGAUGGUGGGAACGUCUUUUUGCUCUUCAAAAAGUUACCGCUGUUCUCGAAUACGCGCAGCAACGCCAACACUACCGCAGCGACAUCCGAGACGAAGAAGAUACCGACGUGCGUAUCCGACGGCUGUGAUGCUGAAAGACGGUCCCCCGGUGGAAACCUCAACUACUCGGUGGAUCCCUGCAGUAACUUUUAUUCCCACGUAUGUCCCGCGAAUUGGUACGGCGACAAUGGAACUCUGGAUACGUACGUGUCUCGAGCAACUGGCACGGUCCUGCGUCACCUAUGGGACUAUUUGAGCGACGACUACGUCAACAUCUCGUCAGCUUCGUUCGUGGGGCACGCUGCCUUUCUCGCUCGUGGCUGCAUGAAGAAACGAAAGGACGUCUCUGAAUGGAUCGCAUUUCGCGACAUACUGUCAGACCUUGGGAUACCAGGAUGGCCCUACCAUAAUAACCUGCCGAAUGUAAGCCCCCAGGACGUCGCCAGGGUUACGGAUAAGCUGUUAGGAACGUCCACUCUCGUGACGGUCCUGCUUCGCCAAGGAUCAUGGGAGAAUGAAAUGGGGAUCUACGUGGACUCGCCGCCUAUAUUUCUGCGACGUUUUGUGACGCUUGAAGCGACAGAGGGAUUUAUGACGUAUAGUGAAUUUGUUUAUAAGGUGUUAUCUCUCGGAAAAAGAGCUCCUCGUGAGACGCGUGACCUUGCGUCCGAGAUAGUGAAACUGGAAGAGAUGAUGGCAGAGGCUGCAGCUCCUUCGAGUCGAAGCGUACCAAUAAUUCAUGCUACUAGACCGGUGGGUGCAUUCAAGAACUUGCGAAACUGGAACUGGCUGCGGUACCUCACGUACUUUACCGAAGGAACCCCUGGCGUUUCUUUGGCAAACAUUGCGAUUCUCGACCGAAACUACAUUGAUCAGCUGGCCAUCAUCUUGCCCGAUGUUCGCCGACGAACGCUAAUUAACUACAUUGGCUAUCUACUGCUAAUACGUAUAUCUCCUCUUCUUCCCGACGACGAGGUAAACUUCAUAGCUCCUGUAAGCCACGCAAUCAAACUAACAACCGGUGGCUCAGCUCGGCUUGCGGCCUGUAUGUUCAUGCUGGAGCGAAUCCAUCCAUUGGGUGUCCGAAUGUUGACGUGGUCGGCAAUGAUGAGAAAAAGCCAAUCGUUUGACCGGGAUGAAGACAAACUAGUGGAUAUCUUCAGAGGGCUGCAAGAUGCCGCACGCUCGGAAAUGAAACGAGCUGCUCAUUCGGCACCGUGGUUGACUACGAACGAGUCUCGUAUCGUGGCACUUCAGAUUGAUCGCAUGAAGAUAGAGGUGUUGCCUGUGAGGGAAGAAGAGACCUUGUCUACCUCAACUUUUCCUGCAGUUCCUGAAGAACAGGGGCCGAUGAUUGCGGCGUACUACAAGUUGGCUCGCUUCUUGCGCACGAAAUACUGGGCAGGUGCCGACCCAACGCAGUUCCAGGAACCCAUGACGCCAUCAGAGUCUGUAUUUCGCCCCGGGUUCUCUUAUGAUCCGCAGCGCAGCGCCAUCCUGCUCUCGCCUGCUACCGUAGCCUUCGCCGCUAAAGCUAAUCGUUUAUCUGAUGCAGCGUCGAUACCUCUUGUUCUAGCUCCGCUGGUGCGAGGUAUGUUUGCCACGAUCGACGCACGCGGCAGCACUGUUGGCGCCGACGGGGCGACACACAAAUUGCUAUCAACUCACUCGCGGGGCGUUUUCCUGUCGCGUUCGUGGUGCAUUCAGGGAGCGUUCCUUGAGAGUUCGAAGACACUCAUCAACAAUGGCCCCGACGAAUCGUCGUUCCUGUACGAGAACGUUGCUGAUGUCGCCAUCGUAGAACCACUGUACAAUAUCUUUCUGAAGCUCGCACGAAACGAGGACGUGCCGAAUGUCACUCCAGGUGUGUCGAAGCAGAGGGCCUUUUUCGUGAAUUACGCGUGGAUGUUUUGCGAGCCUGUUCACACUGAAAGUUACGUGAAGCAGCAGCUUCGAUAUAAGACAUCGGUCCCGGGAAGGUUCAGGGUGAACUUACCGCUCAAGAGGUUCGGAAGUUUCGCGAAGGUGUUCGACUGCGCGCCUGGUUCGCGAAUGAAUCCCCGGCGUUCUUGCACGUUCUGGUGA